AUGCAGCUUGUCAACUGCGUCGCGUCGAAUCAAUACGAUGUAUUGACUCUUAAAAGGCGACUGAAUCGGGUGACCCAAAUAUUAACGGAAUACGAGGAGUUGCAUGACGAACUCACGAUUAUUGAUCCCGAUAACGACCGGCUAGAUGAACUCUUAGAAAUUCAAAACCGAUAUUACGAGUGCGCGGGGAAAAUUGAAGGAUUGGAAGUCGCCAGUACGUCGGCAGCGCGAGCUAACGAUACGAUCGGUAAUGUCACGGGAUUAAACACGACUCAAAUAGAAGGGCGGCGUGUGAUGAAAUUGCCGGUAGCAGAAUUGCCGAAAUUCCACGGAGAUACAGACGACUGGCUUUCUUAUAAAAACACGUUUACGACCAUGAUCGACGCGCGUACGGAUCUUGCCGAUUUAGAGAAAUUUUUAUACUUAAAGUCGUCUCUCAAAGGUGAAGCGUUAACCAAAAUUUCGCUCUUUAGCGCGAGCGAGGAAAACUAUAAAAACGCGUGGCAGAUGUUAGUUGAUACAUACGAAAAGCGACGUACACUGGUCACCAAACACAUGUAUGCGAUUCUGGAUACAAAGGUUUUGACCAAGGCUACACCGAACGGGCUCUCGAAGUUAAUUGACGACGUUCGUCAACAUUUGCUUAUGUUAAAAUUACUAGACGUGACUCCCGAUAAUACGGUAAUAAUCAGUAUAUUAGAAAGAGCGUUGCCCCACGACGUCCGGGAAAAAUGGGAAGAAUCGCUGAAUUUAGAUGUUCUUCCCACUGUAGAUCAAUUCUACAAAUUCAUCAACGAAACCGUGUCUCGUAUGCGUACGCUUGAACAGGCCGGCUGUCGCGAAAAAGCCGAAACGCAGACCGGAAGUAAACGACGGGCCGAUCGGGAUUCGCGCGCCACGAAAACUCGUAAAUCCGAAUCCAGCGCGCGCACGCUCGUUACCGCUACUCCGUUUGCUUGCACAUAUUGCAAAAAAGCUCAUUCAGUUUAUAAAUGCCCGGCUUUCGAAAAAUUGACUACGUCACAGCGUUGGGAGACCGUAAAAAGUAAAGGGCUAUGCCGAAACUGCCUUCGCUCUCAUGCCGGACCAUGUAAGGCGCCGCUUUGUAGACAGUGCAAGCGUUUUCAUAAUUCGCUUCUUCAUUAUACCGCGACGCAAAAUUCACCCGCCGUACCGUCCACGUCUCAACAGAAGUCAGAGAACGAAGCGACCGAUUCGAAGGUUUCCCUGUGA